AUGCAUCUGCCCACUCUCUUAGUUGCCAGUGCGGUAUCCGUCCUUCCAUGCCUUGCAUUACCAACCACAUCCACCCAAGGGGACUCCCCUCAAUCCGCGAAAGACGCUGUACCUGGAGAGUCAUACUUGUUUACAACCUAUACAGGCAAGAAGACACCACUCGCAGCCAACUACCCCCGGGUCAUUCCUCCCACAGCCCCUAACGGAUCCCCCGCCCCGGAUGAUGUGCUAUUCCAGAAUCUCCUCAGCGCAGAAUGGAUCAUCUACUCCUUCUACCAACAAGCCGUCGAGGUCUUCUCAUCCGCGGACUUUACUAACCUCGGCCUCCCAAACACUACGUACCAACGAAUCGCAGAAAUCCGCGACAACGAAGCAGGCCACCUCCGCAUCUUCCAGGACCAAAUCUCCAACCACUCGCUCAAACCAGGACCCUGCAAAUACGAAUUCGGCUUCAACAAAACAACCCUCGAGACCUUUCUCGCCCUGCAAGUCUACAUUGAAGUCUCAAGCAUGGCCUUCCUCACCGGUCUCUCCCGUCAGGCCAACCGAAACAUCUCCAAAUCCGCCCUCAUGUCAAUCGGCCAAGUCGAAACCCGCCACAACGUCUGGUCCCUCAUUGACGUCUUCAACACCAGCCCCUUCUCCGGCCCCGCAGACACCGUCUAUCCCUACGCGAACCAGAUCCUCGACACCACAAACGCCUUUGUCGUCCCCGGCUCCUGCCCCAAGGCGAACCCUGUCUAUCCCAAUCCCCGCCAGGAUCUACCCCUGCUGGCGUUCAGCAAGAACGAGUACUAUGCUGUGUUCUAUCACGGCCUGAAUACCGUCAGCGUGCCGUUUGAACGGAAGACGAACAGCUCGACCAUCCCGGCGCGGUUUGAGCCCAAAUCAAGUAUCAUCGUGGUGAAUAUUGCGGAUAGUCGGGAUGCGCCCACGGAGGAGAGUGUCGUUGGUGGACCGUUGGUUAUUCUGGAGCAGCCGGGUAGUUUGACGUUGGAGGAGCCGACUGCCGUGUAA